GCCGGCUCCCGCCCGGGCCAUUUCCGCGGGCCGUUGGGCUGCGGGCCCGAGUCCCGCCCUCCGCCCCUACCCUCUCCGAGCCGCUCUGGCUGCGGACACCCAUGUGUGGCUUCGGUCUUCUGCGGUCCCCGCCGCUGCUGCUCCUGCUGCACCGGCUCGGGACCGGAAACACCUCGUUCUGCCUGCAAGCCCAAACCAUGAACCCGGGGGGCAGCGGCGGGGCGGGGUGCGCCCCGACGGCGGAGGAACGCCGCCCGCGGUGCCUGCGGCUGUCCUCGGUGCCCGGAUCGGACCCGCAGCGCGGCAACGACCUGCUGCUGCUGCCGCCGGCGGCGGGGGAGGGACCGGAGCCGCGGGGCCUCCUCGUGGACCUGGCCACCGAGGAGCUGCCUCCGGCGCCCCAGCAUCACGUCCUCUAUUUCCCCGGGGAUGUGCAGAAUUACCAUGAAAUUAUGACUCAUCAUCCUGAGAAUUAUCAGUGGGAAAAUUGGAGUCUAGAAAACGUUGCCACCAUUUUAGCUCAUCGGUUCCCCAAUAGUUAUAUUUGGGUGAUAAAGUGCUCCCGGAUGCAUUUGCACAAAUUCAGCUGCUAUGACAACUUUGUGAAAAGCAACAUGUUUGGUGCCCCAGAACAUAAUACUGACUUUGGAGCUUUUAAGCACCUUUAUAUGUUGUUAGUUAAUGCUUUUAACUUAAGUCAGAAUGGUUUGUUGAAGAAUGCGAAUGUUUGGAAUAAGGACUCCAAAGCAUCUGACUAUAGAUCAAAUUCUUCUAGUAAUGGUUGCCAGGUAGAAAAAGAGAAGACCUGUAAAAGAUUUGAUGAGUCAACCACGAGUGAUAGUGGUUCUACACCAUCACUAAAAGGUGCAUCUUUCACCCUGAUUGGAUUCAGUAAAGGUUGUGUUGUUUUGAAUCAGUUGCUUUUUGAAUUAAAAGAAGCCAAGAAAGACAAGAACAUAGAUGCUUUCAUCAAAAGCAUAAAAACAAUGUAUUGGUUGGAUGGUGGUCAUUCUGGAGGAAGCAAUACUUGGGUUACAUAUCCAGAAGUCUUAAAAGAACUUGUACAAACCGGAAUUACUGUUCACACCCAUGUAACACCUUACCAAGUACGUGAUCCAAUGAGAUCUUGGAUUGGAAAAGAGCAUAAAAAAUUUGUUCAGAUACUUAGAGAUUUUGGUGUGCAGGUGACUAGCCAGAUUCAUUUUGCAAAGGAAGCUCCUUCCAUAGAGAAUCACUUCAGGGUUCAUGAAGUAUUUUAAGACUACAGCAUAUUACUGUACUUUGUUUAAUGGGAGAGCAUGAACACUUUGAGUGUUACAAAUUCAUAUAACAAAAUGUGUGAUAUAAUUUGUAGUGCAUUGUCAGUUUGGGGUGGGAGAAGCGCACAUUCCUAAAAUAACGUAAUGUGUAUUCCUUUCUUGUGAAUAUGAGCAUUGGGCUAGGUUAGGAUUAAUUUGAGAACUAUAAGGAUGGUUUAUGAUAAUCCUAUGAGAAAAUAUGACCCUUAAAACUGAAAAAAAAUAACAAUAUAGUCUUUAAAGGGCAAAUAAAAUUGUUGGAAAUAGCUAACUUAUUGAGUAACAAUCUAAACUAAUUUUGAUGGCUUAACAGUAGUUACUUUGACAUUCAUGGAUCUAUUCUUGAUGUGUUACCAACUGGUUUUUUUUUUCCUAGUCAAAGUAUUUUACUUACAAAUGCUCAAGAACAAGUAAUAAUACAAGAUUGGUUUUAAAACAUUACACUUAAGAACUAUGGCUUCAUUUUUGUCAGUUAAUUGAUUGUUGUUAGGCUUCUUGAAUCUUGAGCAUAAGCCAGUUUAAAAAAAUUAGUUGAUUAUAAUUAUAUAUGGUGAAUAAAAACAUACUCAGAGCAAUGUAGUUGUCUUUAAGAGGCCAACAUAGGCAAAAUAAAUACAUAAUGAUUUGUUAGUGCUCUACUGAAAUGGAGACAAUUCCACAGAUGUAAAACAGUGUUUCUUCAGAAGAUGAUCUUUGUCUGCCAAAAGAAAAUAGCUCUCUUUGGCCAAAAUGCAAAGUGACAUCACUAUAAGAAAAGUUACAAAGGGAAAGUUUGGAGACACAAAUGAUUUAAUGUUGGCUCAAAAGCUGAAUUUGUUUAACACUGCUACAUGAUUUGGGUGAAGUUGCCUUCUGCCCAUUUUUUUCUUGACCUAGAUAAGUACAUUUUGAGAAACCAAGAUCUAAUGGAUUCCAACCAACCUUGAAACAUAACUGUAGGAGUGUAAACAGGGAUCAGUUGCUUUUUUGGUUAAUUAAUAAUUAGCUUUGAAGGUCAUGAAAUAAGCUAGGAAGUAAUGUGCUGCCUUAGGACUGAAAAAAUAAGAUGUCUUAAGAUCGAGGACCUAAAUUUAUAAAACAAUACAGAAAAUGCAAAUGUCUUGGUUUCUUCCCAGAAUUAUAUUUUGAUGACUAUAAACACAUUCCAAAUAUUCAUACUCAGAAUAAAGGAUCCUUGCAGACCAGAUGCUUAAAAAUAAGUGCACAAAACUACAAGAGUAACUAAACUUUUAAAGGCAAAGCAAUUUUAUAUCACUCCAUUUUAUUUAUAUAUGUGCUCUUUUUUUUAAACUAAAACUUCCCAUUGCAGAAACCAGUCACUUUGAUAAUAUUUUAGCACUAUGAUUGGCUUGCUUUUGCUCAGUUUAAUAAUAGUUGGUUAAAUUCCCAUGUAUCUCAUAUAAAAUAGCUGAAUUACUGAAUGGUCAAUGAGCAGGAAGAAAAGGCUGUGAUUUUUACAGGACUAACUGAAAUACUAAGGUAGGACUUGUAAUAGAAUUUACUUUUAAAAUCUGAAAUGUUUGUAAAAACCUGAGAUGUUCAGUUUUGCAGUUAUGUGAAUGCUUGAUUUCAUUUGUUACAGAUUGAAUAGGUAUUAAGAAUUCACUGGGACCCUAAAAGUGCCAUCAUAGUGAGACAGUUAUUGAAAAGUGAAAGUACUUGUCAGGACGAAAAUAUGUUCUGAGUCAUCCAUAUUCAAAUGUUUUAAGAAUUCAGAUGGGUCCUAUUUCUACAUUUGUUUGUUGAUGUAAAUGUUAGUGUGUCUUCUUGACUGUGCCUUUUAAAUUGAGAAAAUUAGUCCUACAAAUAAUGUGAAAGUUGUUGCCACCACAGCAUGAAUGUAUAAUUAAAAUUAAGUCUACAGAAAUGUGUUUGAAUGUCCUUUAUCAUUGUUCAUUCAGACUGUUAUUUGAAAGGAGACUCUUCCUCUCAUCCUUGCAUUUUUGAGUUUCUGUUUUCAUUAAUCUCCAUGUCUUUCAAAUGAACAACUUUGAAAACCUGUUGUAGAAAAACAUCUCUAGAAAAGCUAUUGUUUCAUUUAAGGGCCUUUAAAAAAAGAAACACUUUAUACUUUUUAUUUCUAUUUUUUAAUUUAUACUUUAUUAGAGCUAAAAAAAAACACUAGACAAUUUAUGACUCAUGUUCCCCUUUACAAAAGUGCAUGGUACUCAGCAGCAAUCACACCAGUUAGUAGAGCCAGGCAGUCACUUAAGACGCUC